UCUUUAUGCUCAGAGAUUCUUCAAUACAUCUAUAUUAAGCAAUCUUGAAUUCGACAAUUAAACUUGGUCUUUAACAAACUGAAGUAACACUUCGCCUAUAUGGCUUUCCGUCUGAUUAAGGUUAAAUUGAGAUGUAGGGGAGAUAAAAAUGGAACUGCCUGGUAAUGCCAUUUAGUGAACAUAGUUUUAACACAUGGAGGAGAGUAGUAAACUGCUUCUAUGGACAAUAUCAAUUUACCACGCCUUUCCCUAAGUGACUUUAAAAAAAUCUAUACUGGGAGAGACGCAAAAUUCAGAAUGGCAGCCACAGUCUCCAAAGCGCCAGCCAUCUCGAACAUCCAAGCCACGCCUCCUCAAGUAGCCCAAAACAAAGUGGUUACAUCUAACGGAACUACAAAAAUCAUAUUCAACGGACGACAGGACACAGCGGGUGGAUAUCCACCACAAGUUGUCGUUCAUCAAAAGUUGUCCUUCACAAAGCUUCCCAAUAUCGUCUCUCGGAUGAGAACAGAAACUCUCUCUAGUAGAGCAAAACGGAGUCGCUUUUACAAGAGUGAUAAUUACGUGGAUUACAGAUUUUACACCUGGAAGAACUUAUCCCUGUGGAGUGACUAUCAAUCACAUCUUUGGAAAAGAGACGGAAGCGUCAAAACUUCCUUCCGGAAAUAACUUACGUGGAUAUACAGUGCGAAGUACGAUAACGAGUGAUUUGUGUCUCCGUAAUUUGUGUCUUUCAUUAAACGAAACAGUAUUACAGUUCAGUCAAAUGUAUGUUUCAUUCAAAUAUUAGAAUUUAUUAUUCAUAGAUGUAGUAUGUACAAACUAUGACAUUCAAGUGUUACGUGUAAUCUAUUUUUGUGUAUGACAUCAAUACAGCCACCAACACCUUU